AUGCGCUGCCAAGGCGGUCCGGGUUUCUACGAACAAUGGUGGUUUUGUGCCAUGCAUCAAGCGGACGAGAGCCGUAGCACCCACGAAAACCGGGAGCAGCAGCAGGAGCAGCCGCCUCCAUCCUCGCCACCAAACCCGACCUGCGGGCUCGAACUUUUGCCUACGGAAAUACUAGUAGCCAUCCUGUCCGCCGCGCGGUCCACGGCAGACCUCCAUGCGCUCAUCCAGGCCUCCCCCAGGUUCUACCAGGUCUUUAUACCAACCAAAAAAGAGGUGCUCCUCAACAUCGUAGCAACCGACCUAGGCGCCGCGCUGCGGGAUGCCCUCGCCGUAGUGCUGAUCGCCCCGCCCAAGCUCGACCCUCAGAAACCGACCUACCUAGAAGAAUGUGAGCAUGUCAUCCGCCGGUACGAGGCGCUCCCCCACAGCACCGACCACGGAGGACUCACGUCGGCGACGCGCGGCCUGCCCAUCGACACCAUCGUUGCGCUCACCCACCUAAACCGCACCGUCCAAUCCCUCAUCGACGAAUUCGCAUCAACCAGGUUCCCCGAGCUGCACAAGAUCCACCCCGCCGCCACCACCAGCCCUCCCACCACCACCGAGCGCCGCCGCCUGGCCGCCGCCCUGCUCCGCCACCAAGUCCUCGCGCGCAUCGAGCACGGCCGUAACCGGCCGCGCGUUGAGCCAAACCAGCAUCGAGCACCCGAGACCGCCGCCAUGCACCGCUUCCUCGGGCUCUUCCGGCCGUGGGAGGCCGAGCAGCUGACCGAGGUGCACACCUUCCUGUGCGAGAGCGCGGACCUCGCUUUCCCCCCACCGGCCCCGGGGAUCCGGGGCGCCCACAGGCGCCACCAGCAGCCGUGGGAGCGGCAAAGGGACGCGGCCCUCUGUGACCUGCGUCUGAUGCGCUGUGCGCUGAGUGCGCGCCACGCCGGCGUCGCCACGGACGACCCUGCCCCGGCGGCGGGCCUUCGGAUGGCCUUCGUGGAGCGCUUCCCGUCCCUCCGCGCGGGCCCGCUGCCGGAUAAGGGCUAUGUUCUCUGCUACGUGGCGCGCGAGGAUUGGGCGCUUCGUGACGAGCUGUACCGGCGCGAGGACGCCCUGGCGCCGUUGGGAUUUGGCGAGAACGGCGACGGCGACGAUGACGCGGCCCCGCCGUUUGCGUGGGUCGACGCCCACGGCGGGCUGGACUGCCAGCGCUGGGGGGGUUAUCUGUGUCGGGACGUGCUGCGGGAGGGGCAGGAGGAUGUCACGUCGCUCCAGCGGACUUGGGUCCGCACGAGUCUGGACAGGUGGCGCUGGUUGGGGUGGGUGUUCUGGGACCGGGCCCGCGUCGAGCUACUCAAGGCGCGGAUGCCUGUGUAUGAGACGGGAUGGCUCAGGGCCGGGCCGCCGUCGGACGGAGAGAUACUGGAGGCUUACCGGAGGGCACGGUCGCGGCCGAGUCGGAGGGGAAGCACUGUGCAAGGUGGAGAGGCCGUGAGGUGA